AUGGAGAACAAUAACCUGCAUAUCUCUGGAAAAAAAGCAAGGGCACGACGAUCGCUUAUUAUGAAAGAAAACUGUUCAAAACGUCAAAGACAGAAUUGCAACCAACCUGAUUCAAUCAAUGAUACGUUCUAUUCUCCUAAUUGCUUCACAAUGAGACAACCUUUGUCUGAAAUCACUCCCUCGGCUCAGAAUCAAAAGACUAUCGCACAGAUUGUCGAAGAAGGGAUUAUGCUGAGUGCGCGUAUGCAGAAUUCUGAACCGAGUAUAACCAGACAUGUGUUUCGAAAUAACAUGAAGUCAUCCCAUUUAGAUUCCUUGGGAACAAAUUUAAUGUCUAAGUUUUCUACUGAUUGUACAAAUGAGAAUGGUCAUCCAACUACAAUUGAGAAUGCCCAACAUGGGGUGAUUUUUUCAACCAACCAAUUCUAUGAUCCUGGAAGUUCUUCCAAGAAUCCCAUAAAUACCGAAAAGAAAAAACCUAUUUGUGGCAGGCCUAAGAAGCAGCUGGGAGUACCAAGUCUUGCCAUGAAUUUGAAUAGUAAUCCCCCUAAUGAAGCUGUCAACAUAUCUGUAGCACAACAGCCAACGAGCGACUCGGACGAAGAUAGCGAUUACGACCCUUUUGCAACUUAUUUAUCUGAUGAGAACUUCUGUUCCGAACCUGAAGAUAACGAGGCACCUUUUACAAUUCACGACAACUACACCCGUUCUUCUGAAGCUUAUUACGACAUAGGGGACCCGCUCAUCGAAUGUCGUUAUUGUAAAUCCAUGAUGUGGUAUCAAGAACGGAUGAAUAAAAUUUCCCAUUCUGCUAAUCCGAAGUUUAUGUUGUGUUGUUGCAAUGGGAAAGUUGAAAUACCACUACUAAAACAACCUCCAGAAGUUCUUGCAAAAUUGAUGUUUGACCAAGAUAACGUAGUCAGCAGAAAGUAUCAACAACAUAUUAGAGUUUACAAUAUGAUGUUCGCGUUUACAUCGCCGGGUGCAAAGUUGGACAAUCGUUUUAACAAUGGAGGUGGACCACCAACUUUACGGAUACAAGGUCAAACAUGCCAUCAAAUUGGAAGUUUGUUACCUUCUCGAAGAGACACACCCAAGUUUGCUCAAUUAUAUAUUUAUGACACAGAAAAUGAGGUCCCCAAUCGAAUGAAGUGUCUAAGGACUACCAAGAACAUUGAUCCAGAAGUUGUACAACAACUAUCUACAAUGAUGUAUGAACACAAUACUCAUGUCAAGAGCUUUAAAAUGGCAAAACAAUGGUUCAAUGAAGCGGAUACUCAAAACCUGAAGUUGAGACUCAUAGCUGACAGAUCCACGGAUGGAAGAGUGUAUAACCAACCGACAGUGUCUGAAGUUGCUGCCUUAGUUGUCGGUGAUAUUGACACAGCAGAAAUGAGGGAUAUAAUUAUGCAAUACCAAGGAGGCGGACUUAAGCGAAUCAACGAGCUCCAUGCAAGUUACAUGGCCUUCCAAUAUCCUUUGAUUUUUCCCUAUGGUGAGGACGGUUAUAGACCAAAUAUUGCCCAUAGAGACUUGCCAAUUUAUCAGAAUAGCUUACGAAAUAGGCUUACAAUAAGAGAAUGGCUAUCAUAUCGCAUUCAAACAAGGUUAGCUGAACCUAAGACUUUGUUAUCUUCACGAAGGUUGUUCCAACAAUUUCUUGUCAAUGGUUACACGAUGUUAGAAUCUGAAAAAUUAGAAUGGAUUCGCAAGAAUCAACCUAAACUUAGGGUGUCCAAGUAUAAUUCUGUUAAUGACGAGGGUGAACAAAGUCAAAUUGCAGGUUCAAGCAUCGGUAAAAGAGUGGUUUUGCCUUCGUCCUUUGUUGGCGGUCGUAGGUUUAUGGAUCAACUUUACUAUGAUGGCAUGGCUAUUUGUAGUAAGAUUGGUUUUCCGGAUUUGCUCAUAACUUUCACUUGCAAUCCUAAUUGGCCGGAAAUUCAUAGAGUUCUUGGACCACUGCAUUUGAAACCACAAGAUCGACCGGAUGUCGUUUCAAGAAUAUUCAAAAUCAAGUUUGAUCAAUUGCUAGCAAAUUUGACAAAAAAUGGUGUAUUAGGCAAAGUACUCGCAUAUAUGUACACCAUCGAGUUUCAAAAGAGAGGAUUGCCACAUGCACAUAUACUACUCUUUCUGCAUCCGUCCAACAAGUAUCCACGACCAGAAGACAUUGACAGGAUCAUUAGUGCAGAAGUUCCUGAUCCCUUGCAACACCCCAGGCUGUACAAUUUGGUUAAGUCUCAUAUGGUUCAUGGUCCCUGUGGCUUGGCAAAUUAG